GCCCUUGGUUUCCCCCGGCCGCCCGACCCCCGACCUCGGCGCCGGCCACGGGGCUCAGGAGCCGAUCGGCCGCAGCCGGCCGGGGCUCCCGAGCGCCCGUCGGUAGGACUGUGGCCCCUUUAGCCGCUCCUCCUCGCCCUUGUCGUCCCUUCUCCUGUCCAGUCGCAGUUCGCCGAGUACUGAGUGAGUGACAUCUGACAUCAGUCGCGGUCCAUCUGCAUCCUCGCACACAUCGCUGCCAGCUCAACUGCAAGACUAGCGGCAGGCAAACCACGAUCCUGCGCUACACACAAGGGAAUGGAGCCCCUCCUAGCGGACCUGCCGGCCGACGUGCUGCUCAUGGUGAUGAAGUUCCUGGAGGUGCCGGACCUACUCGCCUGCCGCCUCGUGUGCAAGCGGCUCGGGGGACUGGCCUUGCACCCGGACGCGUGGCGGCGCCGGAACGUCACAGUCAGUCGGCAAGAAGUUCAGGCCCUGCGUUUGGCGCCUUGCCUCACGACGUGGAAGCUGAACCUUACACACGAAAUGAGCCAUCCGCCGCUCGCGCUCUGCAGCACGACCAAGUGCGCCGUGACCCACCUGGAGAUGAUGGUCAGUGAGACCAAGGACUGGGCCGAGUUCAAGCACGCCGGUCCUGUGAUCCGCAACCAGGCGGCGCUGGGGCGGCUCAGGCGGCUGAAACUAUGGGGUGGGGCCUCUUAUUUUGUACCUGAGGAUAUGGACGCAAAGCUGUUAGCGACGGCGGUGUCGGCGGCCGGCCUGGAGGAGCUCGACAUUGGUAGUUUCGACAUGCUUCCGAACCCGGCUGCUCCAGCCCUACUCACCCGGGCGGCCGGGGCGGCACCCAGCCCGUCCAUCAAGACUCUCCUCGCCAAACUCAACCCGGCUACAGAGCCCUUCGUCAGCUUCGUGCUGGCCGCGCACGCCGCGACCCUGGAGACAGUCUCGCUCCCCCGCUGGAGCGAGACCUCGGACUUCAUUGCGGCGCAGCUCGGCGGCCUGGCCAACCUACGCGAGCUGACGUGCAACCUGCCCCUGGGGCUCCAGGCGCUCGCCGCGUGCCAGUCGCUCAGGAAAGUCUCACUUUACGUCAGAGGACGAGAAAGAGUCCUGCUGGACGAGUGCCUGGGACGCGCAGGCCAGCUAGAGUCGUUGAGCCUGUUUUACGAGUCUGUCGACAAAGACGACGGACCCUUCGUCCUGUCCCUGCCGUCCCGCCUGCAAUUCCUGGAGAUCACUGAGUUCACUGAGCGGGAGCGGAGCUACCGGCACCUGCAGCCGCUGCUCGCCGCCCUGCCCUCAUUGGCGUACCUGCACCACCUGGAGCUGAGCGCCGUCGUGCUCGACGGGCUGGCCGGGGCCGUCACCCCCGUCACGGCGCCGGCACUCCGCACCCUCAGGCUGCAGCCGAAGAUCCGGGACCAGUGCGGCCAUGCGUACCUGCACAGCAGGUCGAUGGCCACCCUCCUGGCCGACAACCCCGCGCUCCAGGUGCACGUGCGCUGUCUCAAUGUCUGCCUGGAGGUCGACACCUGCGAGGCGUGCCGCCGGCACUGCCACCAGGAGCUGCGCUGCAUCCGCCUGAUUCGCCGGCUCAUGAAGGGAGUGAGGCUCAGCUACGGUUACGGCCGUUUACGCAUUUUUCCUAAAAAUUUAAUGUGGAUCAACAUUACAAAGUAUAAUCUCCUUUUCAAUAAUAGUAGUCAGUCGCCCUUGAUUCCAGUUGGCUAGUAACUGGCUUUGCGUCAAGGGGGAAGGGGGGGGGGCAACUCGUGUAUUUCUGUGUACGUUCCGAGUGUAAUUCUUGAAUUGUCUUUGUAUUUUUCUAGAAUUUUUGACGUGUAUUUUGAUGCAUUUCUGUGUAUUUUUUUGGUAUUCUUUGUAUUUUUUGAGUUGGCCCUCCUCGCUUUGCAUGUUGGACAGAAUUAGUACAUUACAGUAACUUUCCUGUUUGUGAACUUAUCUGAUAAGUAUGCUUCUAGAACAAAUAAAAUUGGUUGAAACUG